CAAGACCUGUUUCGGUUGCUUUAGAUUCUUUAUCGAUUCGUGGCUCAACUUCAUCAGGAAUUUUUAGAUUAGAGAAAUUUUAUUGUUGAAAAUGAUACAUUUUAUGUUAUUAUUUAGCCGACAAGGCAAACUUCGUUUACAAAAAUGGUAUGUUGCACAUCCGGACAAAACAAAGAAAAAAAUCACCAGAGAUUUAGUCAAUCUGAUAUUGGCUAGAAAACCGAAACAUUGUUCAUUUGUUGAAUGGCAAGAUUUUAAAAUUGUCUAUAAACGAUAUGCAAGUCUUUAUUUCUUAUGCGCCAUCGAACAAUCGGACAAUGAAUUGUUAUGUUUGGAAUUGAUACACCGUUACGUUGAAUUGUUGGAUAAAUAUUUUGGAAGCGUUUGUGAGUUAGAUAUUAUUUUCAAUUUUGAAAAAGCAUAUUUCAUUCUUGAUGAACUUUUAUUGGGCGGAUUUAUUCAAGAAACGAGCAAAAAGAAUGUCCUUAAAGCAAUAUCCGCACAAGAUCUGGUACAAGAGGAGGAAACGCCGCAAGGAUUUUUUGAAGAUCAUGGAUUAGGUUGAUUAUGAUUAUUAAAAUGAUAAUAUUGGAAAUUCGUUCUGGUGAAAUUUUCUUGGUUUGUCAACAUGUCCUUCAAAAAAAUAAAUUUGAUAUCAUUGCAUUUUAGAAUGCGA